AAAGCACUAUUUGGAGAUUAGAUUUAAGUUUUAACUCAUUCACGGCCAAUUACCUAUUUAUCUUAAGAAUCCAGUCAUUGAAUCCCAGGUAUGUAUUUUUACAUAUACCUACAUAUUUAUUGUUUUCUCGUGGUGGGUUAAGGGAGGUAUGGAAAAUGGCUGGUAUUGAUUAUCUUACAUACAGAGAGCUAUCAAGUGAAACAAUGGCAAAUAUUAAAACACUUCCUCAAUUAGUGAAGGUGACCCUUGAAGAUUAAAGUUCCAAAAUCUUCAGAUAGCAAAAGUUGAAUUGGAUUUGCUGUCCAUAUUGUGGGGGAUUUGGGAAAAUUGAUUGAUUGAUGGACAUGAAAUCUUGAUACGGGGAUAAUACAUCUAAUUGUAAUAGACUUUUUUAAAAGUCCAACCCCUAAAUAUUUGUGAGAUUUUAUAGGCCAGUUUCUUUCCGUCGAUGGGCGUCGGACUGCAGGUAUCGACAUGUCCGCACCAAACCAGGAGAAUGACUGGACUAAGGAAGACCUUAACUCGUUUGCAUCGAGUCUCCUCGCAUUUUGCACAACUUCUUUCACCCCUUGUUUUACGAGGACUGACCCAGGACAAAGUUGUUUUUCCAUCCGUCUAAUCUGCGUAUCGUCUCUGCUGCUACUGAUCUCAUCUCUUCAUCUCGUGCUUCGGCGGUGCAAACAUCAUGGAGGGCAUCCUGGACAUAUUGUGACUUCUCUCUACUGUUUGCUUGGUAACGCGUGUGGAUUCACCGGAGCCGUUUUGUCUAGACAGCUGCAAAUUCAAGUUUUAAUGGGACUUAUUUGUGCUGCUUUGGAUUUGGUCAAUUUAGUCUCCUUUGGCAUUCCACUGUGUCUUUGCAGGAACUUGCAAGCAGAGAGAAGACAAAGAAUGAUCAAGAGGCGCAGGAGAGCUCACCUUCUCGUGGUCUUUCUGCUGGGGGCACUCACAGGAGGUUUUCUUAAAUCAGGCGUCCUCCAUAGUCCAGCAGCGAGCUGGAGGCUCCAUGGGAGGAGGUUGCUUUAUGUUGCCCUGCAAGACAACACAGAAAUCCUAGGUUACACCCUUGGCUUGCUCUCUUUUGUUAUCUCCUCAACCUCCAAGUUCCCCACACUUUACAGAGUUUACAGAGGGAAAACACUUUCAAGAUCUCACAUUUUUUCUGGAGCGCUAUGCUCGCUCGCUGCUGCCCUUUAUGCAGCUGCCAUACUUCACUACGACAGGAGGGUCAGCUUCCUCCUCAGGGUCAUGCCUUGGCUGCUGACUGCUGUCUGUGGGGGCUUGCUGGAUCUUCUUAGUAUAGCCCUCCACUGGUGUCACAUGGGAGCCAGGCAGAAGCUUAAACGCUUUUCUCUGGAAAUGGAGAGCCUCCUGGGUGACUCAUCGAAGGACAAAGUCCCUGUGCAGCAUCAUGGAAAACAGGGCAAACAUUUCAAUUUGACCGAGAUGGGCCACUACAUGGACGUCAGUAUUGACACCACAAAACAAACGUAUCCCAGAGAGGUGACAUUAGUGGACAACACACCUCUGAGCAGCACAGCGCCAAUGGUACGAGUUGAUGAUUGUGAUACAUCAUGUGACUCUUCAAUUGUCAAUUUUGAUCUAGAGUGGGAUUUUGAAGAGGGAAAUGUACAGUGGAGUGAACCAAACACAAACCCACAGAAUGGAGAGGCCUUCCCCUUGCAGGAGUGGCCAAGCAACCCCAAACCAUUUAACAUACUCACUUAUGCCUCAUGCAUACUCCCUCAGAAUGAUGUCCUGUAAUGAGGUUGUCAGCCAGUAAAAUGAUUAAAAAAAAAAAAACAUUACAGUGAAGAUAAUUAUGUUGCAUAAUUUGUAUAUACAUUUGUGAUUUAAUUUAAAAAAAAAAAAAAAUAAAAAAUAAAAUCUGCUCUUGAA